CUGGGUGCAGGGAGGUGAGGCCCUGAAGCAACAUCAUCUCUUCUCAAGAUUUGACCAACAACUUCAGCAAAGAUGCAGAGCGGAAUGAUUACAAAGAAUUUGCCCUUCAAGGUCGGACAGACCAUGACGGUUGUUGGAAUCCCUGAACUUGAUUGUCCAGAAAGCAGGAAAUCAGUCUUGGCCGCUGGAUUUAAUCUUGCCAGAGAUAUUACUCCAGCUAUUUGCUGCAGAUUUCAAAUCAACAUUGGCUCUGAUGAGUUCACCAUUGGACUCCACUUUAACCCUCGUUUUGAUUAUGGUGAAGACCACAACACAGUGGUCUGCAAUUCCUUCCAGGACCUCACAUGGGGUGAAGAGGUGAGAGGGAGAAACUUCCCUUUCCGCCAGGGACAGGAGUUCAAGGUCAUCAUUGAUUUCACUCCGACUGAGUUUGUGGUGACUUUAUCAGAUGACUCCAUAAUCAACUUCCCCAAUCGCUUUGGUGCAAAGGAAUACUCAGUCAUGAACUUACAAGGGAAAUUUCGCUUCACCAGUUUGCAGAUUAAGUAGAUCUCCAUUCUCCCAUGUGCAUGAGGUGUCGCCUCAAAUGCUCAUCAUGUAGUAAUGUGCAUAAUGAGAUUUUAGUAAGAUUAGAGCAGAUGCAAUCAGCCACACUUAGAAUGUCAUUCUGACAACUGAUUUCCUUUUCUGUGCUUUUGAAAAAUAGUUUCAAACUUUUUUGUCUUUGUUGACAUGAAUCUGUUUUGCCUAAUAGAACUUCAUAAAAUGUGCCAAAGCUUUAUUCUCGGUGCCUUGAAGUGUUUCACAGUUUGCUUUCCAAGACAUUCCACAUUUGUAAUUGGCUAUAAUGCUUACAUGGAACAAUGCCUAUUAAAAUAUGUAAUGAUUAAAAAAAAAGUUUUCUUUGGCUUCUUUUCAAUUACCCAGCAACUAUAAGUGAACCUUCAUCCAUCAGAUCGGUCUGAGGUCCCGUCUCAUUGUUUGAUUUCUUUAGGAUCAUGUUCCACCGACGUGACUUGUGUUCCCGAUACAAGUAAACCUUCAGGUAUUUUAUCAACACUAAAUCUGAGUUUAGAGUUUGCUGCUUUGAGUUUUGAUUAAACUCAUGAUUAAAGUUAAAG